AUGCUUCCGCUCCAAUGGCCGCGGGCGGUCUGGCCGCAAUGGCUCCUCCUGUUGCCCGUCACUAUAGCCCAGAUGCCCUACAAUCCGACCAGGAUCCUUCGAUACGACAAUCUGCUCUACGUCUUCCAACCAUCCCCAGAGUCCUCGACACAGUUCCAGCUACGCUCAGUCGAUUUAUCAUCCCAACUUAACGUCGCCCACAUCCCAUAUACAACUCUCGAUUCGACACUCUCCUUUCUCGACGACCGGGCUCCACGCGCUUUCACCCCCGUUUUGGGCAACCAAGGUAACCUCACCGUCUACACUGGCAACUGCUCGCAGGGCGCUGCGGGAGCGCAGGUCUGGAGCUUCACGCCUGAUCCUUUGGAAAAGAAAGGCGCAGGCACUUGGAUACAGGAAGAAGCUAAUAUCAGAAGCACACUGUCUGCAUCUAGCAUGGGCCCCAACUACCUCAGUGCUGGCGUCGCCUUCUCCUCCAUUGUAGGAGGCGAUGCUGGAAACAUGGGCGCCUACAUCUUCGGCGGAAUGUGCCCAAAUCAGUCCGCUACUCUAGAGGAUUGGCAGUCUUCCGCUGCUUACUCCAAUCUCAUGGUCACCCUAAAGCCUUCCGAGAUAGACAGUGCAACCAUUAUGUACAAUUUAGACAUGUCUCCUAGUCGCGGGCCACCCAUACCAGAGGCAGGAUUCAGUAUCACCGGCCUUUCGCCUACUUUUUCGAACCGAAGCGAUGGCACACAGACCCAACAGCAGAAUUUUGUGUUGUUGGGUGGUCAUACUAGUACGGCUUUCAUCAACAUGUCACAGAUUGCGCUCUUUUCGCUUCCAGAGCAGGGUUGGACAUUCAUCGGGGUGCAGCAGCCGGACGCCUCCCGUACUGGCUUGGCCAUGCGUGCAGACAUGACCAACGUCGACCCCCGCUCAGGACACACCGCCGUUCUGACGCCAGAUGGACAAAGGAUCAUCGUCAUAGGAGGCUGGGUCGGUGACAUUCACACAGCAGCUGAUCCUCAGCUUGCCAUUUUGAACGUGGCCAAUGGGUACGGCGGAGAGGGUGACUGGGAGUGGGUCGUGCCUGUCACGUCUGGCAGUGGUCUUCCCGAAGGGUCUGGAUUGUAUGGCCAUGGCGCGGUCAUGCUGCCAGGUGAAAUACUCAUGAUCACUGGAGGAUAUUCCAUUCCAGCAGCGGGCAAACGGAGGAAAAGAGCUACACCAAUAUCCAAUGCUCAAACUUAUUUCUUCAACAUCACCUCUAACACGUGGACAAAGGAUUACAUACCUCCUAUAGAUCUGUCAUAUCCGGAACCUUCCAAGUCGGGGCCGUUGUCUAGUCCCGGCCAAAAAGCAGGCCUAGGUAUUGGUUUAGGCAUCGGAGUAGCUGCGGUCUGUGGCCUGUUUGCAUUUUACAUGUGGUACAUCAGGCGCCUAAAGAGACAUCGCAAUGUGCGGGAGAAGCAGCUCCAGGACCUCAGUUUCACGACACAGCGAUAUACCAUUGAAAAUUAUUCCCCGGGCUUCGAUGGUCGCCAUGAUCAAGCUCAUGGAUCCGAAUACCCGGUUGGCCUGAACGGCUCAUACUAUUUCCCUUCCGCAACCCAAGGAAUUCGAGGCUGGCGAGCAGCCACCGGAGGCGAUGCAGAACGAACUGGACUACUGGUCGAAAUUCCAAGUCCUACAAGGGGACUACGACGCAGUCUCAGUGGGAGGCCAGCGUACACCAUGGGAAAAGUUCAUGGCCCGGGCCAGAUUCACCCAAUCGACGAGCUUGAGGAAGAACCGGACGAGGAGCAAUCGCAUGCGGAUACUGGCCGACCUAGGCAAGCUGAGAUGAUGGAAAGAAAUCAUUGUCAGGGGGCUUCACUCCUGUCGACAACUGCUGCUUUAAAUUUGUUCACAGACACCCAAGGACGUAGAAGCGAGCACACGAGUGCAUUGCAUACUUCAUCAAAACCCCCAAAGGAUCCGGUUACUACACCUGAACGACAGAGCCCACUACUCGAUGUGAGAUUGUCACCAGAUAGGUCGUCAUCAGAACGAACGAGCUCGAACCUGAGUGAGAGAAGUACUCAAUCUGACUUGUCAUGGACAUCUUCGAGUGCAGAUGUCUUGCGAAGCACGUCUGUGCAUUCUGCAGCUAUCACUAAGAGUGUAGCUCAUGCAAACCCCUUUAAGACACCUACCGGAAGUCCUACUCGUGACAGACCAGGCAGGAAAAGCGAAACUGGGCGACAUUCUCCAUUUGAUCCGAUAACACAGUCACUAACAAGUCUUCGUAGCAACGGCUGCGGAGAUCAUGAGGCAGCGCAUCUCGCUCAUUCAUCUUUCCCACAUCUUCAAGCAGAGGGUGAAGCCUUGUUGGGCGGCAACCCCGAGCGAGCUAGACCUGGAACCUCUUCCUCAUAUUCGCAUCUCUAUCGUGAUACCGAUGGAAGUAGCAGUCAUGCGAAUACUGCCACUCCAGGAACUUCGUACAUCGUAGAUAAUUCGACUAGUUCGCGACCAGCAACCAGGGAGCGACGUCGCAGCUGGUUAGGGAGCGUACGCAGGGUGUUGACAAGAUCUGUCUCUAGUGCCGAACGCACAAGAUCUCUGACGAUAACCGCUUCCCAUCAUGAACCCUACCAAGACGCUCGCAUCCCUCCUGUGGGCAACGUGACAUCUGAUGCUAGGAAGUCGUUCCCGGCUCCUGAUCUCCCGCCACGUCGUGCAGCCUCAGACGCUAGUUUCUGGCGUAACAGGAGAGGUAAGCAAGAUUGGUUGGAGGAUGAACAAGACCCGACAUGGCGACGGAACGCGGGAGACGACUGGGGGGCACCAGAGGAUGUAGCCAUGGCGAAGAGGGAGCGCCAGCGUCGAGAGUGGCGUGAACGGGGGAAUCUUCUCAUCAACAUUGAUGAUGUUGACCAACAGUUACCCACUCCGCGUACACCGAUUGGACCAGACCAUCUCGGCGUACAGACGUUCGAAGGUAGACCCUGUACACCGGCUAGCGAAGCCGAUUGGGAUGUGGAAGCGGCGGUGGAACGGAGAGUAGUGCAGGUCAUGUUCACUGUACCAAAGUCAAAACUACGCGUUGUCAAUGCGGAUAUCGAUGGAAGCAGCGUGCUAUCCGUGCCAUAUGAAAGUCCAAGAGAUGGGGAUGGCGUUGGAGAGGAAGGGAAAAGUUCGUCGAGCCGCGUGAAAGACCUCGCAGGGAGGUUUGAACAGAUGAUUGAGCCGCGCAGAUCACCUCGCCCGUCUCCAAGGCCCUCGCCAUCACCCUCCAUCAAGUCCAUGAAGAUUCGAACACAGCGUAGUACUGCCUCAUUGAGUCAACAGAGUUCAAGAAUUAGUAGUGGUGCAAAUCCGCAGAUCAAGGGGAAAUAG